AUGACCUCAGACUUGAAGGAACGUGCCAAGGUCGGACGGCGUGGCGUCUUCGGCACAUGUGCUGAUCGUUUCUAUCGAAGCCCCUUGAACGCCAAGGAAGGCCCUGAAGUGGAUUGGGACGGUGGCAACGCGGCCAUGGGCAAGGACCCCACCUCGCCCGAAGCCAGGUCUUCCUUCAAGUCCACCUCUCCGCGCAUGCGUCGCGAACGGGCCAAGGAGGUGGAUGUGGUCACGUUGGGUGACAUCUCAACCCCGGUCACACCGGCGCAGUUGGUGGAGCCCAGCUAUCGCUCGCCGUACCGGAUACCCAGGUCAGAGCACUUGUCAUUCGGCUCCGGACAGACCCGUUUCACCGAGAAGCAGGACGUUUUCGGCCCAGUCUUGGAAGGCCCUGCGCCCAACCAGUACAACACGAUCGCCUCAAAGAGGCACAUCCAAGGAGCUGCGUCGCUCAAGGACAAGCGGAAGCCCAUGCUGGUGGGCUCAACAGCCAGCAGUGUGGGUCCAGGAAGUUAUGGCGAGCAUGUGGACACGAUGCUGUUGAAGAAGACCUACAAUGUGACGACCCAGGCUCGCAGCAUCAUCUCCUCCAACCGACCUGAGUGA